AUGACCCGAUUUGCAAAGCGUGGCUUUGACAACAGAAAGUUAAAUGAACCAACACCUUGGGCAGAAAUGAAAAAUGACAGAGCUUCAGCGGGUGGUAGGGCUAAACUGAAGGAGCAGAGAAGAGAGGAGCGAAGAUUAAAGCGACAAGCAGAUCGUGAGUCUGCCAAGGUGUGCUUCAAUUGUCGGAGCAGGGGUCACAUGGUCUCUGAAUGUCCAUUCAUGUCUGACUUGAGCCAGCAAGGCAGUUGCUACAAAUGUGGUUCUACAGAGCACACAGCCUACUCUUGCACAGCCAAAGUUCCUAAGGGAUCGUUCCCAUUUGCCAAGUGUUUUAUCUGUGGAGAGAAAGGCCACAUCACAAAGCAGUGUCCAGACAAUCCAAGAGGCUUAUACCCAAAAGGUGGUAGCUGUAAACAGUGUGGCUCUGUGGAACAUUUGAGGAGAGACUGUCCAGAGUUUCUCAAAAAGAAAGGUGUCACAGAGAUGACAGUCGACACGCUGGAGGUGGGAGCUAGCGCUGAUGCUCAGGCAGACCCAACAGCCGCUGCUGCUGAUCAGGAGGAUGAUGAUCAAGGAAAGAAAAAGCAGAAGAAAAAGAUCAUCAAAUUCUAG